CUCCUCAUAGCUCACGACACGUUGUGUUUACUGCGAGGUUUACUGUUCUGGUUCGGCUGUGUGUCAAAUAAAAUGAACUUCAAAGACUCGUUCCAAAAUAAUUUUGAUGGACUCUCUGAUGAGUAUGUUAAGAUAAGCAGUGUUAGCUCUGGGGAAAUUCCGUAUGGAGCCGUUCAAGAGGCUGAUAGGCCCUCUCCCUAUAACAAGCUCAACUGCUUUGGAAAUGUUCGUAAUAUUAGGAGUUUCAAACGCGUUGAGUGGGCAUUCAUUGUGAUUGGUGUCAUUUCAUUUGUGACGUCACUCAGUUUUACAAUUGAAAAAUUAGUAUACUUUUCUUGGAAUUUUAAUGCGUCUGAGAAGACCUUCGAACAUUUUUGCCUUCCUGAUGAUAAUUCUAAAAACUGUAUUGAUCCCUGUCACCAUUGGACUUGUCUUAGCGACUUUACCUUUGCUCUGAUUCUUAUUGUCAACUUGAUAUUUGCUUUAUUUUACGGUAUUGAUGGACUGAUAAGAGAGAGAGGGUUAGAAUUGCUGGGUGUACUGAUACCAAUUGUUAUUGUACUCUUUUGUCUAUCUGCUAACUUUAUCUAUCACUUGAUUAACAUUAAGGAUGACAAUGAAGAAGAAUUUUCUGAUGGUGAACUAGCACUUAGAAUCGUCAGGUUAGGGACCUCAUGGAUACUUGGUCCGAUACUGGCAGUCUCCACUGUAGCCCUUUACAUUAAAAUGGGAAGACUAGUCUUUAUACUUUUAGACCAGGACAAGAAAAUGAAGCGUAACUACAUGUAGAUCUUUAUAACGACAUUUUAAAGAAUAUUUUAUUUAUUUUUUACAUAGGAAUUUACCAGUUCACUUCUUUUUUAUCUCUUCUUUUAUUUUUCAACAUCCAGUUACUAUUUAAUCUAGUUAUAUUGGCAUUCUCACGCAAUACUACUUUCCUCCAUACAGCAGAAAAGGUUGUUUUGCCAAUACUUGUAGCUUACACUGUAGUUCUCUCUCCUGUUGGCUGGUAUGGGAUCUGGUAUGAACAUAAAAGCAUGAUGGUUGUCUUUGUGAAUUUUUUAUUGCCAACUCCAGUGUAUUACAUUUACAAGAUAUAUAAUGUUGCAAAGAACUAUUCCUUUUAUGAUCAUCAUCCAUGGAAUGAC